GUCUGAGAAUAAAUGUGAAAAAGGUACCUCAAAGUCCCAGGCGCAUUUGUUCUGCCGCCCGACAGCACCUUCGGGUCAUUGUUAUCGAGGGUUUUCCUGAUGGCGAAACCAAAUCUCCAUCUCCUCGAGGCAAAGACGGCGACUCUAGCCUGCGUUGCGCGACGGCAGACAAAGGUGACGGUCCAGGGCCCAAGUCAUCCAUGCUUGCGCAGCUCCAGUUUGGAGGAGGGGGCGACGUGCGCCUCACCAUCACCGCCCAUCGCGGCGCACAUCAAGAGCGACGAAGACGCGACACACUCACACUCAUACUCGCCACAUACCUACACCACAAACCACAAGCUUCUCUAGGCGGGCCUGGGACAUGGGCCUGCCAGACCGGGGGUGGUUGGCAAUACAGAAACUGGAGAGGAGAGGAGAAAGAGAGAGGAGCCCCAAGGCGGUCAAAGUUGAGCUCUCGGCUGGGCGGGCGGGCUGUUUAGAUGCAUCAAAUUUCGUCAAGUGGCCUAUUUACGGACAUGAUGGCCUUUCUCGCACCGGAACUGUAAUUACUUCUCCUCCCCUUCCACCAUUCCUCCCCGGGAGCCAUCCCUUCUAGAAGUCUCAAUUCUCUGGCGUGAAUCCACGGCUUCCAACAGGGGGGGGAUGAGGGAGGAUUCGAAGGGGGGGAACUGACGUGCUCCAUUUCCUUUUGUGCGUCUUGUUCAUUUCCAUGUCAGACACCCAGACACAUGACGGCAUAAGCGCGGGAUACAUAACCGUACUUCAGAUACACAUAU